AUGGCUGGCGCGGACGAGACAUUCAUAGCCGCGACUGCCUUGCUGCAGAAUCUGGCAAGGGACGACCCUACCCCCGGUUCCUCUUCGCCCCCGUUCGACUUCCAGUUGCAAGCCAACGGUGCCAAACCGACCACACUUCCUGGAGAACCCAGUCCCGCCAAGGCAGCCUUCGAAGCCGAGCUUGAGGCCUUAGUGCGCCGCGUGCACCAUCUGGAAUAUCAAGCUGUCAGUCACCACAAUUUCCAACAGCAGGCGGAUCCCCACCCGACCACUCCGUCUGCUGGAGAGACCAACGAGAGGAAUUUCUUGGGGACAUUUGGGCUCUCUCGCUUGUCGUCCGGUCAAGAUUCUGACUCUCUGUCACAGCAGCAAAGAACGAUCCAACCGACCCCCGCGGGCGACGACCCACCUAUGGGUGAAAUUGACGACGAAACAGACGAUGAAGAUGAUAGCGGUACCCGCGUCGUGCGAGAGGAGGAUAUCAGCUUUCUCCGCAACCACGUACAAAAGCAGGCUGAGGAGAUAAGCAGCCAGAAGGAUAUCAUCGCCCAGGUUCGCGACGAAUUACAAAAACAAGAAGAGCACACCCGCCGUGCUCUCACUAAAGUCGAAAAUGAGGAUGUCGUUCUCCUCGAGCGCGAGUUGCGAAAGCACCAACAGGCCAACGAGGCCUUCCAGAAAGCUUUGCGUGAAAUUGGGGGCAUCAUCACUCAAGUCGCUAACGGUGACCUCUCCAUGAAGGUCCAAAUUCACCCCCUGGAAAUGGACCCCGAAAUCGCCACAUUCAAACGUACAAUCAAUACUAUGAUGGACCAACUGCAGGUCUUCGGUAGCGAAGUGUCUCGUGUUGCACGUGAAGUCGGUACUGAAGGAAUACUCGGUGGACAAGCCCAGAUCACUGGCGUCCAUGGAAUUUGGAAAGAACUUACAGAGAACGUCAACAUUAUGGCCAAGAAUUUGACAGAUCAAGUGCGAGAAAUCGCGGCUGUUACUACUGCUGUCGCCCACGGAGAUCUGAGCCAAAAGAUUGAGAGCCGAGCUCAAGGUGAAAUUUUGGAACUACAACAGACUAUCAAUACCAUGGUGGACCAACUUCGAACAUUCGCCACGGAAGUUACUCGAGUCGCGCGUGAUGUCGGUACGGAAGGUGUUCUUGGAGGACAAGCUCAGAUCGAGGGCGUCCAAGGCAUGUGGAAUGAACUCACGGUCAAUGUCAACGCCAUGGCCAACAAUCUUACAACACAAGUGCGAGAUAUCGCCACUGUUACAAAGGCUGUCGCCAAGGGUGACCUCACGCAGAAGGUUCAGGCCAACUGCAAGGGGGAAAUCGCAGAGCUAAAGAACAUCAUCAACUCCAUGGUGGACCAACUCCGGCAAUUCGCUCAAGAAGUCACCAAGAUCGCAAAGGAAGUCGGCACAGACGGUGUUCUCGGCGGCCAAGCCACCGUUAACGACGUCGAGGGAACAUGGAAAGAUUUGACAGAAAAUGUCAACCGCAUGGCCAACAAUCUCACCACUCAGGUGCGUGAGAUUGCGGACGUCACCACCGCUGUCGCUAAGGGCGACCUUACCAAAAAGGUCACUGCCAACGUACAAGGAGAAAUCCUUGAUCUCAAGAGCACUAUCAAUGGCAUGGUGGACCGGCUCAACACUUUCGCGUUCGAGGUUAGCAAAGUGGCCCGUGAGGUCGGCACCGACGGUACCCUUGGUGGUCAAGCCAAGGUGGACAAUGUGGAAGGAAAAUGGAAAGACCUCACUGAUAACGUGAACACCAUGGCGCAAAAUCUCACGUCCCAAGUGCGAAGUAUUUCUGAUGUCACGCAAGCUAUUGCCAAGGGAGACCUAAGCAAGAAGAUUGAAGUGCAUGCCCAGGGAGAGAUCCUCACCCUGAAGGUGACCAUCAAUCACAUGGUGGGUCGACUUGCCAAAUUCGCCACUGAGCUGAAAAAGGUCGCUCGAGAUGUCGGUGUCGACGGCAAGAUGGGUGGACAGGCCAACGUGGAGGGCAUUGCGGGUACUUGGAAAGAAAUCACCGAGGACGUGAACACCAUGGCCGAGAACCUGACAUCGCAAGUGCGCGCUUUCGGCGAAAUUACAGAUGCUGCUACUGAUGGUGACUUCACCAAGUUGAUUACGGUCAAUGCAUCUGGUGAAAUGGAUGAGCUGAAGCGCAAGAUCAACAAGAUGGUUUCCAACCUGCGUGAUAGUAUUCAGCGAAACACUGCAGCCAGGGAGGCUGCCGAACUCGCCAAUCGCACCAAAUCAGAGUUCUUGGCCAACAUGUCUCACGAGAUCCGAACGCCCAUGAACGGUAUCAUUGGAAUGACCCAGUUGACGCUGGACACGGAUGAUCUCAAGCCUUACACCCGAGAAAUGUUGAAUGUUGUGCACAACUUGGCCAACAGUUUGUUGACUAUUAUCGAUGACAUUCUGGAUAUUUCUAAGAUUGAAGCCAACCGCAUGGUCAUUGAGAGCAUUCCAUUCACCGUGAGGGGUACUGUCUUCAACGCUCUCAAAACCUUGGCUGUCAAGGCCAAUGAGAAGUUCUUGAGUCUGACAUACCAAGUCGACAACACCGUCCCCGAUUAUGUCAUUGGUGAUCCAUUCCGUUUACGCCAGAUUAUUCUUAACCUUGUUGGCAAUGCUAUCAAGUUCACUGAGCAUGGUGAGGUCAAGCUCACCAUCCGCAAGUCGGACAGAGAGCAGUGCACGACCAAUGAAUACGCUUUCGAGUUCUCAGUGUCCGACACCGGUAUUGGAAUUGAGGAGGAUAAGCUUGACCUCAUUUUCGACACCUUCCAACAAGCUGACGGCUCAACCACCCGCAGAUUUGGCGGUACAGGUCUGGGAUUGUCGAUCUCCAAGCGCCUCGUGAAUCUGAUGGGCGGUGACGUUUGGGUUACCUCCGAAUACGGACACGGAAGUACCUUCCACUUCACCUGCGUCGUGAAACUGGCGGAUCAGUCUUUGAGCGUCAUUGCCAAUCAGCUCCUGCCGUACAGGAACCACCGCGUGUUGUUCAUCGACAAGGGUCAGAAUGGCGUUCAGGCUUCCAACGUUAUGAAAAUGUUGAAGAAGAUUGAAUUGGAGCCGUUGGUCGUACGCAACGAGGAACAUGUUCCGCCCCCCGAGAUCCAAGACCCUUCGGGCAAGGAGUCUGGUCACGCCUACGAUGUCAUUAUUGUUGACUCCGUAGACACGGCUCGAAUUCUGCGGACGUUCGACGAGUUCAAGUACAUUCCCAUCGUCUUGGUUUGUCCUCUGGUGUGCGUGAGCUUGAAGUCCGCUUUGGACCUCGGUAUCAGCUCAUAUAUGACUACCCCGUGUCAGCCAAUUGAUCUGGGCAAUGGUAUGCUACCAGCCCUGGAAGGCCGGUCGACGCCAAUCACCACAGACAAUUCACGCUCAUUCGACAUUCUUUUGGCGGAGGAUAAUGAUGUGAACCAGCAGCUUGCGAUGAAGAUACUACAGAAGCACAACCACAACGUGUUCGUUGUUGGCAAUGGCUUGGAAGCUGUCGAGGCCGUCAAGAAACGUCGAUACGAUGUCAUUCUGAUGGAUGUUCAAAUGCCAGUCAUGGGUGGCUUUGAGGCCACCGGCAAGAUCCGUGAAUACGAAAGGGAGAGUGGACUUCAACGAACCCCAAUCAUCGCCCUUACUGCCCACGCCAUGUUGGGUGACCGCGAGAAGUGUAUCCAGGCUCAAAUGGAUGAAUAUCUGUCCAAGCCUCUCAAACAAAACCAGAUGAUGCAAACUAUUCUCAAAUGUGCCACGCUUGGUGGGUCGUUACUGGAGAAGAGCAAAGAAUCCAGGAUUUCGAGUAGCGGGGAAAUGCAUCCGAACUACUCAAUGUCUGAGAAUCAACAGCAGCAACAACCUCCUCAGCAGCGGUCAAAACAGCAACCCUUGCCAUCCCCUCGCCCUCUGGUGGAAUCCCGGUCUAUCACAACCUCCGGUCCCAUCGCCCGAGGGAGUGUGGUGAGUCCACAUGAAGAGAAAGAACAGAUGAUCGAUGAGCGGGCAUUGCUGCGAUCGAACAGUACAUGA